UUGACACGCAACACCGCCGCAAUGGUUGCGCCGGCCGUGCCUGAGCUCACGGAAGAGGUCCUCUCCGAAACAAUUGACGCUCGCACCGACUCCCUCAUCUCCCUGCGCGAACUUGGCCCCCCCGACCUCGUCCACCUCCUCAAGCAGGCCACGAGAAACCCAGGCAAGCAGCUCGGAGUCUACCACCAUGUCACCGGUGUAGAUGCCUCGUCCUCGGCCAGUCUUGCCGCCUACAUCAACACCCUCACGUACCGCGAGCACGGCCAAGCCGCACAAACAAAGAUCUCGGAGGGACUGUACUGUUGUUACAAUGCCUUCUCACGACUCGAUAUGCGCGUGCACGUCACCAUCCCCGGUACCGUCGAAAGCUACUGCGUUGACGAGCGCGGCGAGAAGCGCAAGGCCACCGACGAUCUCUGGCUCGAGACCUACCUCUGCAGUGUUCUACGAGCCUACUCGUACGCCGACGAUGGAAGCGGAGAGACCAUUCGCAAGAUUAUGGGUGUGCGCAGGUUCAACCCCGUAACCAACACCGAAACCGAACACCGUUUCCUCAACGCCGCAGAACAGCUCUUCUUCAGAGGAUGGCAGCUGGGUUCUGACUCUGUCGUUCAAGUCCCGAACAACGUCUCCAACCACCUGACCGCUGGCCUCCUCAAGUACUUCCAGACCACCGGCCGCUACGCUUCCGGCAUCAACCUGUUCGAGAAGCUCAGGGACCAGAACAUUGAGGUUUCCUCUCUCCUGGCCAAGGUCCUGUUCAUGGGUAACGAGGAAGUCGAAGGUGUCCGAGUCCUCCACCAGGCGUUGAAGGAGUCUCCUAUGGACUACGUUAUGCUCGACACCCAGGCCGAGUUCCUCCUGAAGAAGGCCCAGACUGCCGCGACCCCGGAACAGAAGGAAGAGAGGCUUCGUUUGGCCCUCGGCUGUGCUGAUCGCAGCACCAUUGCCGCUCCCAGCGAGUUUGGUACAUGGGCGAGACUGGCUCAAGUCUACGUCGCCAUGGAGGACUGGGAGAAUGCUCUCACCAUUCUCAACUCCUGCCCCAUGUUCACGUACCAGGACAAGGACGCACCGAUCAUGCCCGAACCCAAGGACGUCAACCUUCCAACUCUCCCGGAAACACGCCUCGACGAGAUCGACAGCGAGCCCGAAUCCAGAUAUUCCGAGCAGGUCGAUGGGAGCCUUUUGAACCUUCGAGCUGCCGUGUAUAAGGGCACUUUCAAACAAGCUUACGGCAUCCUGACCGAAAUGACGGCCAAGAUUGGCUGGGACCAGCUUUUGAAGAUCCGGAGCACGGUUUUCGUCAUGGAAGACGAGUACCGCUCCGAAAAGCACGAGCCGCAGCCACCACGCAACCCCAGCACCGACGGCCUUCGGGGCACACCGGACCCCACAACAAACGGCGACCAGUCGGACUCGGACUCCGAAGACGAGGAGAAAGAGGAUAAACAAGAAAAGGACGAGACUAAGCCGGAUACCGAAUCUACCGCCGAAACCUUGACUGCAAAUGGCCAGGCGGAAGGUGAGGCAGUAGAGAAGCCUACUCAUGCAAUCGACCCCGGCGAAUUGAAGGGAGACGCUGAAAAUGGGGCUCAGGACGACGACCACCUGUCCAAGCUGAACAACAAACGGUUGUGUGAGCGCUGGCUGGACAGCCUUUUCAUGGUCCUUUACGAGGACCUGCGCGUAUACACUAUUUGGCGCACUCAGAUGGCGCAGUACCGCGCACAGUCUAUGCAGUACAAGAAGUCGGCCGAGGAAUGGGAAAUACUCGGCUCAUUGGCCGAAAGACUGCAGCACACGGAUGAGGCCGUGGAGGCUUACAGAGCAUGCCUCGCUUCGAGAUUCAGCCCCAAGGCUUUGACCGGUAUCCUCAAGGUCUUUGAGCAGGACAAGAACACCCGAGAGACGGUCGCAUCAGUCAUCCGGCUCGUCACUUGGCAGUACAGGUGGUACUCGGAGUUCUCCCCUGAGCUUCUCCACACAAUCCGGACGCUCAUUGAGGACGAAGGCGCGGUCAAGGUCAGGAGCAUCAUUCAAGCUACCAGCCUACCGCAGAACGUUCUCGACCUCACACAUCACUACGCUGCCCUGUGCGCUACCUUCCGCAGCAGCGGUACCGACGGCUAA